GUGAGUGCAAGAUGCCUGCUAUAAGAUGCUUUGUGAGAGCAGAGACACAAGUGCAUUUGUGAUAUUUGAAGAUACUUGUUGUUUAGGUACCAUGAGGUUGGUUGGAGGAAAUUCUGAGUUCGAAGGUCGAGUCGAGAUCAACCGAGGAGGUGUCUGGGGGACAAUCUGUGAUGGUAACUGGGGGAUAGAGGAGGCCCAGGUGGUGUGCCGUGAGAUUGGCCAUGGUGGGGCAGUAGCUGCCUUUGGUUCCGCACACUUCGGCCAGGGAAGUGGAACCAUUUGGCUGAACAACGUGGACUGCGCUGGAAAUGAGGACUCCCUUUCUACCUGCCCUCUGCUGUCGGACGUGACCAACACAUGCACACAUGCCGACGAUGCUGGGGUCCAGUGCAGAGAUCUUGAUGACUGCAGGCCGGAACCUUGUCAGAAUGGAGGAACCUGUCUGGAUCAAGUGAAUGACUUUGUCUGUCACUGUCCCCAUCCAUAUGAAGGGAAAACGUGUGAUAUCAACACUGCUGAUCCAUGUCAGAGUGGACCAUGUGAGAACGGAGGGGUGUGCUCCAGCAGUGGAGGCAGUUUCACCUGCUCAUGUCAGCCGGGAUGGGAGGGGACCACCUGCCAGAUAAACAUUGACGAGUGUGCCAGCACUCCGUGUAAACAUGGAGGGACCUGCACUGACGGCAUCAACCUGUACACCUGUACCUGCCCCACGGGCUGGAAAGGAACUGAUUGUCAGAACUUCACCUGUGCGGGCCGUGCACUUUCCAAAUAUCAGAACCCAGAUGACUGCAAGACGUACUACGAGUGUUUGGAUGGGUUUCCAGACUAUGUCCUGCAGCAAUGUGCCCCACAGUACACCGUGUUCAGCCAGGCUACCAUGAAGUGUGAAUGGCCCGAGGAUGUGGAGGGCUGUGACAUCACCUAUGUGUGCUCCACCCCAUGUGAGAAUGGAGGGAGCUGCUCUGGGUCAGAUGAGUGCACCUGUCCUGAGGGCUAUGGGGGGACAACGUGCCAGUACGACCUCAGCAUCCCAUUCAGCACCACCCUGACCUGUGACGGCAGCACCUUCAACCCCUUCCGACUGAACGGUGUCUGCGCCAACACCUACUACAUGUGCACCCCGGGCCGAAACAUCCCCUUCAUCCUCAGCUGCCCUGCUGAUCUGGUCUUCAACAAUGACAACAUGGUGUGUGACUGGCGUGACAACGUGCCUGGGUGUUGUACCAUUCGUACCGGCGGAACGGCUGACUUCUACCCUUUUGGCGAGUCUGCUGGUGACACGGUGAAUCCCAAAGCUGAUGAUGGUAGUUCCGAGAAGCAAACUUCGGCGUACGGCGGCGGAUUCCCGUACUUCGGUGGAAUUUACCGUGACUUCUGGAUCAACAACAAUGGCGUGGUGUCGUUCGGAGGAGAAGUGACUAUCUUCACACCCAGCCCCUUCCCUAUCCAGUCCUUCCCAAUCGUAGCGGUCUUCUGGGCAGAUGUGGAUAACAGGCGCGCCGGGGAUGUGUACUGGAGACAGACCACCACAGACCAGUCGCUGCUGACACAAGUGUCGCAGGACAUCGUCGCCAACCACCCGGACAUCACCAGCUACCAGGCGGGCUGCGUAUUGGUGGCGACCUACCACGACGUGACGUACUAUGGCGGCAGCGCAAACACCAACCGCCAGUCGUUCCAGGUUGUGUUGGCAACCGACGGCAUCCAGUCUUUCGCCAUCUUCAAGUACGGAGACAUCCUUUGGACGACGGGAAGCGCCAGUAUGGGGGACGCAGCGACUGGUCUUGGCGGGGUCCCAGCACAGGCAGGGUUUAAUUCCGGGGACGGGACGAACUACCACACCGUGCCCGGCUCGCGGUCCUCUGAGAUUGUAGACGUGGAGACCAGGACAAACGUUGGGCAGCCUGGCACCUUCAUGUUCCAGAUCAACGGCAACAAGAUCGUCCCCCUAGGCAAGGUGAGGCUAGUCGGAGGCAGUUCUGAAUUCAACGGUCGUGUCGAGAUCAACCGCGGAGGAGUCUGGGGGACGAUCUGUGAUGACGACUGGGGAAUGGAGGAGGCGCAGGUGGUGUGCCGUGAGCUGGGCCACGGUGGAGCUGUAGCAGCCCACGGCUCCGCAUACUACGGCCAGGGAAGCGGACCUAUCUACCUCAACAACAUGGACUGCGCUGGGACCGAGAUGUCCCUGUCAGACUGCCCGCUUCUCUCUGGCGGGACGGAUACAUGCACACACGCCAAUGAUGCAGGGGUGGAGUGUAAAGAUCUUGAUGACUGUCAGCCCAAUCCUUGUGCGAACGAGGGGAUAUGUCUGGACCGUGUGGACGGUUUUGUGUGUGUUUGUCAACCUCCGUUUGAAGGAAAGGACUGCAACAUCGAUACCAGCGACCCUUGCUUCAAUGACCCUUGUCAACACGGAGGCGUGUGCUCUGCUGAUGGCGACAAAUUCGUCUGCUCGUGUCAGUCGGGAUGGAACGGUACAACAUGCGGAACGUAUGCCCUGAACCCAUGCGACAGCGGACCUUGUCAAAACGGAGGCUUGUGCUUUGCAAGCGAAGAUAAAUUUGCCUGCUCAUGCCAGCCUGGAUGGAACGGCACGACUUGUGAAACAAACAUUGACGAGUGCAGCCCCAACCCUUGUCAGAACGGAGGGGUGUGUCAGGACCUGGAGGCUGACUUCUCCUGCAGUUGUCCUGCUCCAUACGAGGGCAAGAUGUGUGAAACAUAUGUAAACCCCUGUGACAGCGGACCUUGUCAACACGGAGGCGUGUGUUCUGCAAGCGGCGCUACAUUUACCUGCUCAUGUCAGCCUGGAUGGGACGGCACCACGUGCGGAAUUAACAUCGACGACUGCAGCCCUGACCCUUGUCAGAACGGAGGGGUGUGUAUGGAUCUUGUCGACAACUUCUUUUGCUUUUGUCCUGCUCCUUACAGGGGCGACAUGUGUGAAAUAUAUGUGGACCCCUGUGACAGCGGACCAUGUCAAAACGGAGGCGUGUGUUCUGCAAGCGGCGCUACAUUUACCUGCUCAUGUCAGCCUGGGUGGAACGGUACCACAUGUGAAACAGACAUUGAUGAGUGCAGCCCCAACCCCUGUCAGAACGGAGGGGUGUGUCAGGAUCUGGAGGCUGACUUCUCCUGCAGUUGUCCUGCUCCAUACGAGGGCAAGAUGUGCGAGAUAUAUGUGGACCCCUGUGACAGCGGACCUUGUCAAAACGGAGGCAGGUGUUUUACAUUCGGUGUUUUCUUUAUCUGUCGGUGCCAGCCUGGAUGGGACGGCCGCACUUGCGAAACGGAUCUUGACGAGUGCAGCUCCAACCCUUGUCAGAACGGAGGGGUGUGUCAGGAUCUGGUGGCUGACUUCUCUUGCAGUUGUCCUGCUCCAUACGAGGGCAAGAUGUGCGAGAUAUAUGUCGACCCCUGUGACAGUGGACCUUGUCAAAACGGAGGCGUGUGUUCCGCAAGCGGCGCUACAUUUACCUGCUCAUGUCAGCCUGGAUGGGACGGUACCACGUGUGAAACAGACAUUGACGAGUGCAGCCCCGACCCUUGUCAGAACGGAGGGGUGUGUCAGGACCUGGUGGCUGACUUCUCCUGCAAUUGCCCUGCACCAUACGAGGGCAAGAUGUGCGAGACAUAUGUGGACCCCUGUGACAGCGGACCUUGUCAAAAUGGAGGCGUGUGUUCUGCCUUCGGCGCUUUCUUUACCUGCUCAUGUCAGCCUGGAUGGUACGGCCUCACUUGCGAAAUGGAUCUUGACGAGUGCAGCUCUGACCCUUGUCAGAACGGAGGGGUGUGUCAGGACCUGCUGGCUGACUUCUCUUGCAGUUGUCCUGCUCCAUACGAGGGCAAGAUGUGCGAGACAUAUGUGGACCCCUGCGGCAGCGGACCAUGUCAAAACGGAGGCGUGUGUUCUGCAAGCGGUGCUACAUUUACCUGCUCAUGUCAGCCUGGAUGGAACGGCACCACGUGCGGAAUGAACAUAGAUGAGUGCAGCCCAGACCCUUGUCAGAACGGAGGAGUGUGUCAGGACCUGGUGGCUGACUUCUCUUGCAGCUGCCCUGCUCCAUACGAGGGUAAAAUGUGCGAGAUAUAUGUGGACCCCUGUGAUAGUGGUCCUUGUCAAAACGGAGGCGUGUGUUCUGCCAACGGCGCUACAUUUACCUGCUCAUGUCAGUCGGGAUGGAACGGGGCCACUUGUGAAUUGAACAUCGAUGAGUGCAGCCCCAACCCUUGUCAGAACGGAGGGGUGUGUCAGGACCUGGUGGCUGACUUCUCCUGCAGUUGCCCUGCUCCGUACGAGGGCAAGAUGUGCGAGACAUAUGUGAACCCCUGUGACAGCGGACCAUGUCAAAACGGAGGCGUGUGUUCUGCAAGCGGCGCUACAUUUACCUGUUCAUGUCAGCCAGGAUGGAACGGUACCACGUGCGAAACGGACAUUGACGAGUGCAGCCCCAACCCUUGUCAGAACGGAGGGGUGUGUCAGGACCUGGUGGCUGACUUCUCCUGCAGUUGUCCUGCUCCGUAUGAGGGCAAGAUUUGCGAGACAUAUGUGAAUCCCUGCGGCAGCGGACCUUGUCAAAACGGAGGCAUGUGUUCUGCAAGCGGUGCUACAUUUACCUGCUCAUGUCAGCCAGGAUGGAACGGCACCACGUGCGAAACAGACAUUGACGAGUGCAGCCCAGACCCUUGUCAGAACGGAGGGGUGUGUCAGGACUUGGUGGCUGAUUUCUCCUGCAGUUGUCCUGCUUCGUAUGAGGGCAAAAUAUGCGAGACAUAUGUAGACCCCUGUAGUAGCGGACCUUGUCAAAACGGUGGCGUGUGUUCUGCAAGCGGCGCUACAUUUACCUGCUCAUGUCAGCCAGGAUGGAACGGCACCACGUGCGAAACAGACAUUGACGAGUGCAGCCCCAACCCUUGUCAGAACGGAGGGGUGUGUCAGGACCUGGUGGCUGACUUCUCCUGCAGUUGUCCUGCUCCGUAUGAGGGCAAGAUGUGCGAGAUAUAUGUAGACCCCUGUAGUAGCGGACCUUGUCAAAACGGUGGCGUGUGUUCUGCAAGCGGCGCUACAUUUACCUGCUCAUGUCAGCCUGGAUGGAACGGGGCCACGUGCGGAAUGAAUAUUGAUGAGUGCAGCCCCAACCCUUGUCAGAACGGAGGGGUGUGUCAGGACCUGGUGGCUGACUUUUCCUGCAGCUGCCCUGUACCAUACGAAGGCAAGAUUUGCGAGACAUAUGUGGACCCCUGUAGCAGCGGACCCUGUGAAAACGGAGGCGUGUGUUCUGCAAGCGGUGCUACAUUUACCUGCUCAUGUCAGCCUGGAUGGAACGGGGCCACGUGCGGAAUGAACAUUGACGAGUGCAGCCCUGACCCUUGUCAGAACGGAGGGGUGUGUCAGGACCUGGUGGCUGACUUCUCUUGCAGUUGUCCUGCACCAUAUGAGGGCAAGAUGUGUGAGAUAUAUGUGGACCCCUGUGGCAGUGCACCUUGUCAACAUGCAGGCUUGUGUUUUGCGAGUGGCGAUAAAUUCACUUGUUCAUGUCAGCCUGGUUGGAACGGCACCACGUGUGAAAUGAACAUUGAUGAGUGCAGCCCAGACCCUUGUCAGAACGGAGGGGUGUGUCAGGACCUGGUGGCUGACUUCUCUUGCAGUUGUCCUGCUCAGUACGAGGGCAAGAUGUGUGAAAUCUAUGUGGACCCUUGUGACAGUGACCCUUGUCAGCACGGAGGCGUGUGUUCUGCAAGCGGAGCUACAUUUACCUGCUCAUGUCAGCCUGGAUGGAACGGCACCACGUGCGGGAUAAACAUUGACGACUGCAGCCCUGACCCUUGUCAGAACGGAGGGGUGUGUGAGGAUCUUGUCGCUGACUUCUUCUGCAACUGUCCCUCUCCAUACGAGGGCAAGAUGUGUGAGAUAUAUGUGGACCCUUGUGGAAGCAAGCCUUGCCAAAACGGAGGCGUGUGUUCUGCAAACGGCGACAAGUUUACCUGCUCGUGUCAGCCUGGGUGGGACGGCACCAUGUGCGAAAUAAGUCUUGAUGACUGCAGCCCCAACCCUUGUCAAAACGGAGGGGUGUGUCAGGAUCUUGUCGACGACUUCUCUUGCGAUUGCCCUGUUCCAUAUGAAGGCAAGAUGUGCGAAACAUACGUUCCUACGACUCCGCCCUAUGUGCCCACCACCACCGUCACAGACGUACCGACCACCGCCGCAGUCACAGACGUGCCCACUAUAGCUACCGCCACAGUUACAGACGUGCCCACCACCCCGAUCACAGACGGGGCUGUGGUGCCCUUCAAUCCUGACCAGGAGUGUGGAGAACAGAUGUUCUUCAUGUUGGCAGGGAACUGCCAAAGCUACUACUACGUCUGCUCGCUGGGGUACGACUCCCCGAUCCUUAUGUACUGUCCACCCGGCCUCAUCUUCAACAAGGACCUUCUCGUGUGCGACUGGCCGUACAAUGUUCUGCUCACAAAGUGCAGUUUUGACGUGGCGACGAUGAAGCUCCUCAUCAUCCUCCUGCCCCUGGUGACUUGGGUGUCCUGUACCCCGCCGCUGUCUGAGGCGAAGGGUAAUGGCGACCUCCCGGCUGUGGACCGCGCAGACCUCACCGACAUGCAGGCAAGGGUUGCAAUGGCGGUACCAUAUGCCCCCACCGGUUCACCGACUGCUGACCCAUGUCUGAGCAAUCCUUGCCUAAACGGAGGGACGUGCCUGACUCAACAAGACACCUACUCCUGUCUGUGCGCACCUGGCUGGGCGGGAACCAACUGUGAUGCAGUUCUGACCACCCCCGACAACAGAGGCACUCAGUUCAUGCUAGGUUUCCUUUACAACAGCGGUGGUGGAUCACAACUUGAGCUCUUCAUCACCAGCGCGAGUGCAGACCCUGCCUCUGUCACAAUCACAGCUCCAUAUGCCAGCUACACACGGCAGCUGACGGUCACGGACGCAGCAGUGGAGGUUGUGACCCUACCACGGUCCCUCGUCUUGACUGGCAGUGAAAAGGCAAGAAAAGGCAUUCUUGUUACUGCCGACAAGGAGAUCAUUGUGUACGGCGUCAACAAGAAGCGGGCAACAACUGAUGGCUUUCUUGGUCUCCCUAUAGAUGUCAUGGGUACUGAGUACGUAGUUGCUUCCUAUGAGUACUUUCAGCCUUCUGAGUUUGGAGUUUUUGGCAUUGAAGAUGGUACCGUGGUCGAUAUCACACUUAAAGAGUCUGCACAAUGUAACGGGGUGACGUACUCUAGCGGAAGGGUAGUGCGUGUGGUUAUAAAUAGAUUUGAUGCCAUGCAGUGCCAAGGGAGGUCCAGCUCAGACCUAACUGGAACGAGAAUCGUGUCAGAUAAGCCCAUUUCCCUCAUGUCUGGAAUGAAAUGUGUGCAGGUUCCCAAUGGGGUACCAGCUUGUGAUCAUAUCGUAGAGCAUAUCCCUCCCGUCAACACCUGGGGACAACGCUUUGUAACAGUUCCUCUUGCACUACGCCGUGCAGGGGACAUUUUCCGCAUCGUGUCGGCUUCAGAUGGCACCACUGUAGAUGUCACAGGACAUGCUCCCAGACUGCUUAAUUCGGGUGAAAUGUGGGAGCUAGAUGUCCCCUCUGACACCUACCAGGCGAUUACGUCCUCCCAACCCGUUAUGGUCCUACAGUACUGCAAAAGCCAGGAUGCAGAUGGGAUGGAGACUGAUCCAUUCAUGAUGUACAUCCCGCCUAUAGAGCAGUUCGCCGCUGACUAUACUUUCGCUACCGUCGAUGCCGUAGGCUCAUCAUACACCAACUAUGUAAACAUUGUCAUAAAAACCUCCGAAACGGCUGGCCUAACCUACGAUGGAAACCGCCUGCCUUCCUCAUUGACAUGGACUGUGAUUCCUGGUACCGAUCUGUCGGCGACGCAACUACACAUUGCUACCAACGGUACCCACAAGAUCAAGCACGACUCAGCUAUUGUCACAUUCUCUUUAUUCUACUACGGAUUCUCCAGUUAUGACUCCGUUGGCUUCCCCGGUGGCCUGCGUUUGGCGAAGCUCUCUGGUGAGUGUCAGAUGACCGAGACCGCGUAUGGUGACGGUGUGGACAACGACUGUGACAAGCUCGUGGAUGAGGAGCUACUCAAUGGAAUAGAUGACGACGGCGACGGUCUGAUAGACGAAGACGUCGCCGCGGUCGCCCACGACAUCGAUGAGUGUGCGCUGGGAAUUGCCAUCUGUGAUGACAAUGCCACCUGCGUCAAUACUCACGGCUCCUACAAGUGCGUGUGUGAUCCUGGGUUCACCGGCGAUGGCAAAGUCUGCUGGACUAGAAGCACGUGCACCGUGUUUGGCGUCACGCAUUACAACACCUUCGACGGCCUCGCCCAUGACUUCAGCGGCCAGUGCCCCACCACCCUGAGCAGCAGCUGCCGCGCCAGCGGGAACCUGCCGUACUUCCAUGUGAUAACCAACAGCGACCCGCGCGGAGACCCCACAACCAGCUACGUCUCGGAAGUGACCGUGGAAGUCUACAACCGCACCAUCGUCAUACAGCAAGACAAGACCGUCUAUAUCAACCAAAUCAUCACCACCCUUCCCGCCCAGCCUCUCGAUGACCUCACCAUCAAGUUUGGCGGCCAAUAUGUCGUCAUAGAAACGACCUUUGGCCUCAAAGUGCAGUACGACGGCUCCCACCGUGUGGAGGUGACCGUCCCCGAAACCUACCAGGACGCGCUGUGCGGUCUGUGUGGGAACUACAACGGCAACGACGCCGAUGAGUUCAUCACCCCUGAUGGGUCACUGGCGGCGGACGUCAUGCAGUUUGGCAACAGCUGGUUGGUGGAUGGACACGGAGAAGUGUGCGUAGCGAACCCCCCACCUCCCAACCGGUGUGACGCCGCUCUGCAGCAGACAGUGACUGGGCUGUGCGGGAUGCUGACCGACGGUGCCCACGCCUUCGCUGCAUGUUACUCUACUCUGAACCCUGAGGGAACGUACCAGACCUGUGUGUACGACAUGUGUGCCCUGAACGGCGACGAGACUUCCCUCUGCAACAACCUCCAGGCCUACGCCGACGCCUGCGCUGAAGCUGGCAUCAACGUGGGGUCGUGGAGAAACACGUCCUUCUGCCCCCUGUCCUGCCCAGCGAGCAGCCACUAUGACCCGUGCUCUAGCGCCUGUCCCGCCACCUGUACGGACGUGUCCGCGCCGCUCUACUGCAACACGACGUGUGUGGAGGGGUGCGAGUGUGACGCCGGGUACGUCCUGAGCGGGGACCAGUGCGUCCUCCGGGAGCAGUGCGGCUGCACCAGGGAUGGAUUGUACUACGCUGUCGGUCAGACGUGGGGGGAGGGCUGUGACCGGACCUGUGAGUGCGUCAGCAAGAACAACAUCCAGUGCACCGGGGGUGGCUGUGACGUCAACGCCACCUGUGCUAUACAGAAUGGUGUCCAAGGCUGCUACUGCAACCCAGGGUACUGGGGAAACGGCUCUUACUGCGGAGAAUUGUGCGACAUCAAUCCUUGCAAAAACGGUGCAACCUGCAUCAACGAUGACAAAGGAGGACACAUCUGCGUGUGCGCAUCUGGGUGGAGCGGUGACGCGUGUGAUGAAGACCUGUCUCCACCUGACCCGGCGGGGCCGUCCUCCACCGCUGUCCCCGUCAUCAUCGGCUCGUACAUCUCCGGCAUGAUGUGCGACGGCUGGACCUUCUUCCUCGUGGAGAACGACUGCAGCAGCAUCUACUACGUCUGCUCCCCGGGGCACGACGCGCCUAUCCUCUUCAACUGUCCGGCUAACCUCGUCUUCAACAAAGACCUCGGGGUGUGCGACUGGCCGGACCACGUGCCCUACUGCUCAUGUCAGUCUGGACUGGCUGGCGCCUCUUGCCAAAUAAAUCUUGAUGACUGCAGUCCUAACCCUUGUCAGAACGGAGGGUUAUGUCAGGACCUGGUUGGCGACUUCGUCUGCCAUUGCCUGCCUUCAUACCAGGGCAAGACGUGUGAGAUAUUUGUGGACCCCUGUAACAGUGGACCUUGCCAACACGGAGGCGUGUGUUCUGUGAGCGGCAAUAAAGUUACAUGCUCGUGUCAGCCUGGAUGGAACGGCAACUUUUGUGAAAUGAACAUUGAUGAGUGCAGCCCAGACCCUUGUCAGAACGGAGGAGUGUGUCAGGACCUGGUGGCUGACUUCUCUUGCAGCUGCCCUGCUCCAUACGAGGGCAAGAUGUGUGAGAUAUAUGUGAGCCCUUGCGGCAGCGGACCUUGUCAAAACGGAGGCGUGUGUUCUGCCAGUGGAGCUACAUUUACCUGCUCAUGUCAGCCAGGAUGGAACGGUACCACGUGCGGAAUGAACAUUGACGAGUGCAGCCCCAACCCUUGUCAGAACGGAGGGGUGUGUCAGGACCUGGUGGCUGACUUCUCCUGCAGUUGUCCUGCUCCAUACGAGGGCAAGAUGUGUGAGAUAUAUGUGGAUCCAUGUGGCAGCGGACCUUGUCAAAACGGAGGCGUGUGUUCUGCAAGCGGUGCUACAUUUACCUGUUCAUGUCAGCCUGGAUGGAACGGGGCCACCUGCGGAAUAAACAUUGACGAGUGCAACCCGAAUCCUUGUCAGAACGGAGGGCUGUGUCAGGACCUGGUGGCUGACUUCUCUUGCAGCUGUCCUGCACCAUAUGAGGGCAAGAUGUGCGAGACAUAUGUGAGCCCCUGUAACAGCGGACCUUGUCAAAACGGAGGCGUGUGUUCUGCAAGCGGCGCUACAUUUACCUGCUCAUGUCAGCCUGGCUGGAACGGGGCCACUUGCGGAACAAAUCUUGACGAGUGCAGCCCCAACCCUUGUCAGAACGGAGGGGUGUGUCAGGACCUGGUGGCUGACUUCUCUUGCAGUUGUCCGCCUCUAUACGAGGGCAAGACGUGCGAGAUAUAUGUCUCCACACCUCCGCCAUUCGUACCCACCACCGCUCCCGUCAUCACCGAGGGGGCUGUUGUGCCGUUCAGUCCGGGGUUGACCUGCAACGGGCUCAACUUCUUCCUGCUGGAUUCCGACUGCAGCAACAUCUACUACGUCUGCUCCCCGGGGCACGACGCCCCCAUCCUCAUGCACUGUCCGGCCACUCUGGUCUUCAACAAGGACAUCCGAGUGUGCGACAACCCGCUAGCCGUUGUCUACUGCUAUUUUGACGUGGUGACGAUGCUGCUCCUCAUCAUCCUCCUGUCCCUGGUGACUUGGGUGUCAUGUGCACCGCCGCUGGCUGAACCGAACAGUGAUGGCGACUCCCCGGCUCCGGACAGCACAGCCUUCAGCGACAUGAGGGCAAGGGAUGCAAUACUGCCGCUAGCAUAUGAAUGUUCCAACUGGACGCGCUGGAUUAACCGUGACCAUCCUAGCGGCAAUGGGGACUUUGAAGACCUUCCAACAAUUCACGCUUGGUAUCCCGGACGGGUACCCUGCUCAGUCCCGUCGGCUGUCCAAGCCCGUACCGUGGGGACUCACAUCGAUGCUUCCCAGACAGGACAAGUCUUCAGGGACUAUAGGCCGGAAGUCGGCUUAGCGUGUUGGAACUCAGACCAGAGUGACGGGGCAUGCCUGGACUAUGAAGUCCGCUUCUGCUGCGAUCCAAUCCCUAAUCCAGAUCCGACGGGGCCGUCCUCCACCGCCGUCCCCGUCAUCAUCGGCUCGUACAUCUCCGGCAUGAUGUGCGACGGCUGGACCUUCUUCCUCGUGGAGAACGAUUGCAGCAGCAUCUACUACGUCUGCUCCCCGGGGCACGACGCGCCCAUCCUCUUCCACUGUCCGGCUAACCUCGUCUUCAACAAGGACCUCGGGGUGUGCGACUGGCCGGACCGCGUGCCCUACUGCUCAUGUCAUGGACUGGCCGGCGCCUCUUGUCAAAUAAAACGGAGGGUUAUGCCAGGACCUGGGUGCUGCCAUUGCCUGCCUUCAUACCAGGGCAAGACGUGUGAGAUAUUUGUGGACCCCUGUAACAGUGAACCAUGUCAACACGGAGGCGUGUGUUCUGUGAGCGGCAAUAAAGUUACAUGCUCGUGUCAACCUGGAUGGAACGGCAACUUUUGUGAAAUGAACAUAGACGAGUGCAGCCCAGACCCUUGUCAGAACGGAGGGGUGUGUCAGGACCUGUUGGCUGACUUCUCUUGCAGUUGUCCUGCUCCAUACGAAGGCAAGAUGUGCGAGAUAUAUGUGGAUCCAUGUGGCAGCGGACCUUGUCAAAACGGAGGCGUGUGUUCUGCAAGCGGCGCUGCUUUUACCUGCUCGUGUCAGCCUGGAUGGAACGGGGCCACUUGCGGAAUGAACAUUGACGAGUGCAGUCCCAACCCUUGUCAGAACGGAGGGGUGUGUCAGGACCUGGUGGCUGACUUCUCCUGCAGUUGUCCUGCUUCAUACGAGGGCAAGAUGUGCGAGACAUAUGUGAGCCCCUGUAACAGCGGACCUUGUCAAAACGGAGGCGUGUGUUCUGCAAGCGGCGCUACAUUUACCUGCUCAUGUCAGCCUGGAUGGAACGGGGCCACUUGCGGAACAAAUCUUGACGAGUGCAGUCCCAACCCUUGUCAGAACGGAGGGGUGUGUCAGGACCUGGUGGCUGACUUCUCUUGCAGUUGUCCGCCUCUAUACGAGGGCAAGACGUGCGAGAUAUAUGUCUCCACACCUCCGCCGUACAUACCCACCACCGCUCCCGUCAUCACCGAGGGGGCUGUUGUGCCGUUCAGUCCGGGGUUGACCUGCAACGGGCUCAACUUCUUCCUGCUGGAUUCCGACUGCAGCAACAUCUACUACGUCUGCUCCCCGGGGCACGACGCGCCCAUCCUCAUGCACUGCCCGGCCACUCUGGUCUUCAACAAGGACAUCCGAGUGUGCGACAACCCGCUAGCCGUUGUCUACUGCCAAUUGACGACACCAAAGCUGUUCACAAAGCGCAGUUUUGACGUGACCACGAUGAAGUUUCUCAUCCUCCUGUCCCUGGUGACUUGGGUGUCCUGUACCCCGCUGGUGUCUGAACCUAAGAGUCAUGGCGUAUUACCGGUUGUGGACCGCGCAGCAACGCCCAUACCGACCACCGCACCACAGGGCACGUCUACCGCGGUGCCGUCUACAACCGAUGUCCCCGUCAUCAUUGGCGCCUUCAUCGCCGGCAUGAAAUGCGAUGGCUGGACCUUCUUCCUCGUGGAGAACGACUGUAGCAGCAUCUACUACGUCUGCUCGCCGGGACAGGACGCGCCUAUCCACAUGCACUGCCCCGCUAACCUCGUCUUUAAUAAGGACCUCGGAGUGUGCGACUGGCCGGACCUCGUGCCCUACUGCUCAUGUCAAUCUGGACUGGCCGGCGCCUCUUGCCAGAUAGAUCUUGAUGACUGCAGUCCCAACCCUUGUCAGAACGGAGGGUUAUGCCAGGACCUGGGUGGUGACUUCGUCUGCCAUUGCCUACCUUCAUACCAGGGCAAGACGUGUGAGGCAUAUGUGGACCCCUGUGGCACCAGACCUUGUCAAAACGGAGGCGUGUGUUCUGCAAGCGGGGCUACAUUUACCUGCUCAUGUCAGCCUGGAUGGAACGGGGCCACGUGCGAAAUGGAUCUUGAUGAGUGCAGCCCCAACCCUUGUCAGAACGGAGGGGUGUGUCAGGACCUGGUGGCUGACUUCUCUUGCAGCUGUCCUGCUCCAUACGAGGGAAAGAUGUGUGAGACAUAUGUCUCCACACCUCCGCCAUUCGUACCCACCACCGCUCCCGUCAUCACCGAGGGGGCUGUUGUGCCGUUCAGUCCGGGUUUGAUGUGCAACGAACUGAACUUCUUCCUCCUAGAGAACGACUGCAGCAGCAUCUACUACGUCUGCUCCCCGGGGCACGACGCGCCCAUCCUCAUGCACUGCCCGGCCACCCUGGUCUUCAACAAGGAUUUGCGAGUGUGCGACAACCCUCUAGCCGUUGUCUACUGCUAGAAGAUAACAGGUUGCUCUCUAGAUCCAUUAUAUUAUACCAACACCAAUGCCAUUGGUUGGCAUGUGCAAAACAAAAUGUUCAGGGCUAAAUAAAUGGAUAUCGUUGACAGACUAUCGUUAUCUUUUAUUAU